AUGAGCAAACGAAAUGAAGAGAAUGUGGACUUCUUCAGAGAGAUGGGAGGAGUGGUGUUUGUGUAUAACCUCUCUAAAUCCAGUGCUCACUCCGAGGUCAGGGAGACUGCUCAGUUCACACUGGGAAUGCUGGCAGAGGCCAAUGUGUACUGUAAACAGGCCCUGUGUAGGAGGGAGACAUUCAGUGAUCUGGCAGAGUGUCUGAUGCAGCAGGACAGUCCACUGACCCAGAGGAGAGUAGCUGUCUACCUGCUCUCUGUCCUUGUCGCCAACAACAGGUCUGGCCAGAAGUACGCUCAGACCUCAGGCUGUCUGGAUAUCCUGCUGGACUUGUUCAGGACUAGUUUCCCCCUCUCUGGUGAGGCCACAGUGAGAUCUGCUAACGUCACUCAGCUGUUCCAACUCUGGACCUCUGUGUCCAGUGCUCUCUGUGGCUGUGUCAACAACCCCCAGAAUGAGGAGAGCCAGCGUAUGUGUGUGUCAGCCUUCCCCCUGGUCAAGGGCUGGCUGCAGCAGCUCACCCACCCCUACGCAGAGAUGGUUCAGCCCAUCUGCUCCUUUAUAUCCAUGACCGUUGCCAACAACCAUUGUGCUCAGGAUAGUUUUUCCACAGUCGGCGGGCUCGGAAAUCUGACACUCACUCUGAUUCGCUUAGCCUCUGAUGCCUCCCACAGCCCAUUGGCCUGUCAGCUGUCUGUCAUCAUGACCAAGACCCUGUCAGCCUGCAUCAUUGACAACCCUGUGUUGGCGUCAGGUCUGGCAGGUUAUGGUCUGGUUCCUCAGCUCCACUCCCUGCUGUCCAGCCCCAGCCUGGAGCCCCAAGACAGGCUCAUUGUCAUACUCACCCUGGGACACUGCACUGAGGCCUCUGAGGAGCACCGGUCUCAGUUCUUACAGUGUGGAGGUCUGUCCCUCAUCACUCUACUGACUAAGUCUACCAGUGAAGAGCUCAGGAAGGCUGCUGCCUUCAUACUGCAGACCUGCAAACAGGCUACUGUGUUUCUGCGCGGUGCUGUUCAUGGGGAGUCUCAGGGUCAGACUGCAGAGCUGGAGCCCCCUGUGGACAUGGAGGGGUACUGGAGGUCAGCACGAGACAUACUGCACAGGAUCAACCAGCUGGAGAGACAACAGGCUCAGGGAGCGGAGGAGGAGUGGGAGGGGGUUGAACCAAGUUCCCCAGACCGACAGAACCCUGCAGAAUGGGAGAGGAAGGAGCUACUUUUACCCCUACCUCUACCCCCAUCCUUAUCCCUACCGCCUCACCACACCUCUUUACCAUACCAGGAGUGGAAUGGAGGCAGGAGGUAUGAGGAAAGAGAGCGUUGGGGUCAAGAGAGAAGUGAGGAGGGAGGAGGAGAAGAGAGGGGGAUGUCUUGUGAACACACCCCAGUCCGGCCGGUUCUAGUGGGGAGGGGUGGAGAUGGAGAGAGAGAGGAUCUACACCAUAGAGUCCUAGAGGAGAAUCAACCCACAAACAGAGGGCAGGACCUAACGAAGCGUGUAAGGAGACAGACCAGUGAGGAGCCUCAGAAACCCAGCCGCAGCAGAGAGGGGGAGAAGAGAACACACACACAAAGGCACACCACUCUGCACAUGUACACACUUGGAAACACACAACCAGAGAAGGACAGGUGCUUGGCAGCUAAGAGAAAUACUUAUCCUCUCUACACAAACACACUCACAGAGAAAGGCACAAACACAGCAUCACACACACAGACCGAGACCUGCAGAGACGAGCACCUUGGCAUGAGAGAGCAGGCUCACACAUUGUCUGUGUCAGCCGUGGGCUAUGCUGGACCUGGUAGAGCUAGUGUCCCUGGACAGCCCCGUGAUGGAGAGGAUGAGAGGUGUUCUGUAUAUCUGGGGACAGGAACACUGGUCCCUUCCUCCUCCAGUCCACUAGAAGGACACUCCCAGACACACACACACAGCCAAGUGUUCAAGUGCCCAGCUCCAGGCAAGCCAGGAAUGAGCAGGCAGAAGAAACCGUUGGAUGAUGAAGGCUGUGUGUUCGGUUUGGUGACCAGCCGGUCGUUCCCUGUCCUCCAAAGGAACUGUCCCCACAGCUGUGACCUGCACCUGGUAUUGCAGCAGGCCACACACAGCUACACACAGCACCUCCGAGAUAUACGCAGGAGGAGAGAAAUACACACAACGGGACAGAGAGAGACUCAGCGAAGGACACAGAGCGUCUGGGAUCUCUGCAGAGAUGAGAUUCCUGAAGUGCUGAACACACCCACACAUCGAUGUGAUUUGAAUUGGGAUAUGUGUCCUUUUGUAACAGAGGCCAGUCUGACUCCUGUCUGUAAAGGAACCCUCCUGAGGAGCUUCUCAACCAACAGCGGACAACGCAACACUGAUCACAACCAUGUGAGUCUCACUCCCCUUGAGACCUGUGGUCCAUGUGAAGGUAUCACUUGGAAUCCUUUGCAUAAAGGUCUGAUGAAGAGCCUCUCUUCUGUGACCAGCAGGGGGCAGGAGAGAGGAGACAGAAGGGAGGACGGUGCCAUCGGUGGGGAGGACGGUGUCAUCGAUGAUCAGCAGAAGACUCUUUCUAUGGGAAACCCAUCUUUGACUCAGAGCAGUUCCAAAACCAAGGAAAAGAGGGUGAAUACCAAUGAGAGGAGGGAGAGGAGGAACUUCAGCCGUGAGGAGGAGAGUUAUCUGUGUCGAGGUAUAGAGCGGUUUGGUCCAUCCUGGAACUCCAUCCUUUGGGCCUAUCCGUUCCAGCCGGGACGCACCAACGUUGACCUGGCCAAGAAAUACAAACGCCUGCAGGCUAAAGCCCAGGGUAUGGAUUCAGACUCCAUGAGAUCCUAGAAGAACACAUUGUCUAUUGUACAUAAAUCACAGUCAUAUAUUUGAAAUACUCUAAUGUAAUAUUCAGUAAUACUUUAAAUACUAUAAUUUAGUCCCCAGUUUGAAAUGAAUUACUAUGCUGUGCUACUGUAAAUAAAAUAUUUUUUUUUUAAAAUUUAGUACUAUAUUUGAAAUGUUAAUUUCAUGGUCAUGGAGGAUUAAUGAAGGGUCCGUUCUGUAUUUCUCAACCUUGUUUUUUUACACAGUAUUUUGCUGCCUAUUUGAAGUAGUUGGAAUAUUGUUUGGAAUAGAAAAAUGGAAAUUCUUUGUGUAAUGAUUUGCACUUGACGGUUUCAUAAUUUAUCUUGUUCAUUGUUAAUGUAUGGAUUGAGAUUGAAAUGGUUGUUCACUCGUUGUCCCCUGAAGUUGUUUGUAUUGAAUUAAACAGAAGGGUGUCUGUA